AUGACUUUGCCCCUGCCAGGUUCUCCUGCCUCUUCUUGGGCCAUGUUUCGUGAAAGAUUGAGACUAUCAUUUUCUGGUGCUGAUCCAAGAGUUUGUGUAGCCUUUUGGCUGUUCGGCUUGAUCAACAAUGUCCUCUACGUGAUCAUUCUCUCUGCGGCCCUCGAUCUGGUCGGACCAGACGUACCCAAAGGCGUUGUCCUCCUUGCAGAUGUCAUUCCCUCUUUCUUCACCAAACUAUGCGCACCUUACUUCAUCCAAGCGGUACCAUACUCGAUUCGAAUUAUCAUCUUCGUGCUAUUGUCGGCAAUGGGCAUGCUCCUUAUCGCCCUCACCCCAGCCUACACUGAUGGAGGGACAAUAGCAACCAAAAUGGCCGGGGUCAUACUGGCUUCUCUCAGUAGCGGUGCUGGAGAACUCAGCUUUCUUGGGCUGGUACAUUAUUAUGGACCAUUCAGUCUUGCCGCUUGGGGAAGUGGAACAGGCGGUGCCGGUCUCAUCGGAGCAGGACUCUAUGCGGUUGCAACUACAUCUUGGGGGCUCAGCGUCCGGACAACUCUUUUGGCCUCUGCUUGCUUACCAGUGGUGAUGUUGAUCAGCUUCUUCCUGAUACUUCCUCUUGGACCUCUCCGGCUACAUGCUAAGACGCACCCAGAUGAUGAGCCUGUUGGAGAACAGAACGAAGAUAUUGAACAAGAACAACGACAAGGCUUACUUUCACCCCCAGAUGGCUCAAAGCCGGCUGUGCUCUCGCAGCAUGCACACACGCCAGGUUGGACUAUGUUCAAACGAAAUUUGAGCAGGGCUAGAUCCCUGUUCUUCCCUUAUAUGCUACCCCUGCUCCUCGUCUAUGUGGCCGAGUACACCAUCAAUCAAGGUGUAGCACCAACUUUAUUGUUUCCGCUCCCAGAAUCACCCUUCAAACACUACCGAGCGUUCUACCCAACAUAUAACGCGAUUUAUCAAGCCGGGGUGUUCAUCUCCAGAUCAUCCACACCUUUCCUGCGCAUCCACAACCUUUAUCUACCUUCGUUCUUGCAGGUUACCAACCUGGUUCUGUUAGCAUCACACGCAAUCUUCAAUUUCAUCCCAAACGUCUAUUUCAUUUUUGCCAUUAUAUUUUGGGAAGGGUUAUUGGGAGGACUGGUCUAUGUCAACACUUUUGGCGAAAUCAGUGAUAAGAUUCCGAAAGAGGAUCGGGAAUUUUCCCUGUCGGCAACGACGCCAAAGAGUCACACCGAGUAUCGAAACGAAGUAGCGAGCGCCAUCCUCCCCUCAGACUUGGCGAACAUGAAGUCCAAACAAGGCCGACAACGAGACAGCCAGAGAGCAUUGUAUCCUACAAAAGAAGAGCCUGGAGUCACUCCGGCUGAGGGAACAACUGGUCCAUACCAAGUGCAACUAGGAUAUGAACAAAAUGGGACAUGGCAUGGACAAGGCCAUUCUUCGUGGGGAGAAGCUGGACACUUUGAACAUGGAUCCACUCAAUACUUCCCGCAGCAGCCUCCACAUCAUCACCCCGUUGAUCACACUCACGCCUACGAGUACCAUCCUUCUUUUCAUCAAUCUGCGCACCUACAACACCCACCACCUGCCUCGAUGGCGAUGCCUAGCCAUUCUCCCUCCUACAACGCCCCCAAUAGUCCACCGCGAUCAUACAACGGCUAUCCCGAAGCACACAAUCAGUCUUCAAUGUACGGGCCGCAGUCGCGAUCAAUGCUUCCGCCAUCACCACAACAACAUUUUCCUCCCCCGAGAUUUCCUCAACCUCCUCUCCCAUAUCCUUCUUCAGGAUCAACCGCGAACAAUGGCCCUCCACCACCACACAAGAGACCGGGAAGUAGCAUGUCGAUAUCGUCAAUGUUAGGUGGUGAACCUGAGAAACCGGCGCAUGACCAGUAUCAUCAUCACCAUGGCCAGACAUCCCAUACACCUUCGCGGCAGCCAUCGGGCUCUGGUCCGUCCAUGUCAUUAGGUGCGGUCAUGUCACCACCCCAAUAUUCUUCGAAGCCGAACCUUGGUGAAUAUACAUACAAGCCAAGAUCGAAAACUCCAGACCGGUUCGGGAACCCAUCCUCUGGCUCAAGACCUCACCGCUCGAGUUCAGGAACCAUGACCCAGGGACCCGGACCAUUCUACGAAACACAACCGCGAAGUGGACCACCUACAAAUGCAUACCCAUCGCCCUCUUUUGGUGCUUCAAUACCUCCAAAAGAUGAGUUUGAAGAGCAUAAUCGUCGCACUAGUAUCAGCGGCAUCUUGCAGAGGCCAGAGAGUCAGCCACAACCGAGUAUCGCAACCUCCUUGUCUGUCGCCCCUCCACCUCCAACCCGCCCUGAGAGUAUCCCCCCAUCCCUAGGACACCUGGACCGAUCCAGUCACCCAGCCAUGAGUGGCAUCGACCCUCCGCGUCACAAUGGCUAUAGUGGGCCUUAUGGAUAUGGUCAACAACAACCAACAAAUCUUUCAAGAAAUCUCCAUACCGGCCCUCUCUCACAGCCCACGUCAGGACCUAUUGAGCGACCUUACAAGCAAUCUCAAUCACCAGAAUUACGACGGCCGCAGCAAAAUGGUCAUGAUCCACGGUCAUAUCACAGUCCUUUCGGCCCUUCAGCGGAACCUUCUUACGGUGCUCAUGCCAUGGCGAGACAAGAUUCGGUCCAAUCUCAGAGUGAUCGAUCAGUGCUGGGAGAUCGCCUGAGAAAUCGAGCCUAUUCGCCCUUCGCUGGAUCGGUUGCCUCACAACAGGGAACACUAGAUGACCAGGUUCGUAAGGGCAGUGAUGAACUGUCACAACAUAGAGCGAUUCUUGGUUUGUCCAACGAGUCCAAACGAGGUAGAUAUUCUCCUCUCCCUCAAGCUGUGCAAGGGGCUCAGGCCCAAACGCCAGUGCCGGAUGCGGGUAUCAAGAGCGAGCAUGGCCGAGUUUUCUCUGGAAUUGGCAGCGGCCUCGGUACGACGUCCGCCAACCCAACACCCACGCCACAACCCCUGCCCGCCAGUCCUUUCAAACAAAGCGAGACCAAUGCUCGGUUGAGUGAAGAGAACCUGAUGAAGAUGUCUCGGAGCGCGUCUGGCAUGGGCAAGCGCAGCCGCAAGACCUUUGACGAAGAUGCUAGGGCCGAGAGCGACACAGGCGAAACAAAAAAAGCAGCACCCGGCAGAGGCAAGAGGGGUAAAUAUCAACACUCGUACAAGUUGGAUCUCGAGGAGACUGCACGAAAGAAUGCUCUUGGUACAAUCCGUCGCACAGGCACUCCGACAUCUCAUCCCUCGUUGAAUGCACUGCAACGACAAUCUUCAGUAACAGAUCAUGGUUUACUAUCAAGACCCAAGAGGACCAUCAGGAUCUCGAAUGUGGUUGCCAUGGCCCAACGAAACAAACGGCGGCAUCUUGGUUUCUACAAAUACGAUCCCGACGUGACAUCGGUCGACAUGGAUAAGCCAAGCUCUCCAAAAUUUGAUGUCUCGAUACGACCCAAUCUUCUACCGGUCUUUAACGAAGCAGACAAAAUAAACUGCACAUAUACCGUUCGGGUUCCUCGGGUCUGGUUACGAGAGCGCGAACGAGGCUUGAUUUGUGCCGAGCGCUAUCUGUGGGGCUCGGGCAUCUAUACGGAUGACUCUGACCCAGUAGCCGCCGCGAUACAUUCGGGGUUUAUUAGCUCAGUACAUCCGCCGGGGAUCGAUGAGGCUCUCCUGGAAAAAGUUAUAGAAGAACAGAAUCCCAGGAUAGAAGGCAGCCCGGCACCGGAGAAACCCAAGGCUGUGGAUGAGAACAAAGACUUGCAUAUCACACUUCUGGUUUUGCCUCAGCUGGAGAAAUAUGCGGGAAGUGCGCGGUUUGGCGUUAGGUCACGAAGUUGGCCAGAAGAGCAACAAGGUUCAGGUAGUCCACCGCCAUCUUCCACUCAGUCAAGCACAGCACCUCACGACGGCGUCAGCUUCAUGGUCCUGAAAUGUGAAGCUGUCAACGAUGGUGUCGAAGUCAAGCGGGUCGGACGGACCGGCAAAGAGAAGCGAGAGAGGUUACACCGGGAAUUGAUUGAGCGUCAGCGAGGGCUGCAGCUCGAGAAGGAGAGGCUCGCAAGGGCAGCGGCCAAGCUGAAAGAGAGGAAAGAAGAAGCGAGACGGACGAAGAAAGCCACCGCCACGGCCAUGGAGAGGAGCUCUAGCAGUCUAGGCAAGGAUGCAACAGGCAAAGCCGCGGUCGAGCCGGAGAAUUCAGUAAAGGGAAAGGGCGAGAAAUCAGCCAACCUGGACGUGGGUCAAAGCCCUGGGGAUUGGAUCAGACAACUUGCCGUUGCUGCGGCAUGAGUGAGUGAGGGAGGGAGGGAGUGCAAGUGAUCAGAUUUGGCGAUGCCUCUUUCGGGAGGAUUUGCACAAGCCAGAUACGGAAAAUCAUCUGUCUUGGAACAUGGCAACGAUAUUGUAUAAUGCUGGCCUUGAACACGAAUUAUUAGGCAGAAUCAAAUAACACACACACCUCAUGAAUUCUG